UUAUAAAGUUCUUUUUUGAAAAAGACCAUGUAUUGUUAAAAGGAACAAACUUUGAAAGUAAAUUGUACGGUACUAAAAAUAAAAUUAGAGCUUGCACAAAAUACACUGUAAGAUAAAUUCGUAAAAAAAAACAUGAUAUACAUUCAAAAAGUAGUUUUUAAGAAAACACAAAAAGAUAUAUAAAAAAAUUACAAACGGCUUAAAACUUUUUACAUAUUCGAUUUACUUUGAAUCUUCUUUUAUGUUGGUAUUUGUCGUUAUGUGAAACUAAAAAGAGAGAGGGAGAGUAGAAAAAGUGACAGCUCAUGAGCGUUUUACUAUAGAUAAAGAGCUUCUUUAAAGUUUUCACUCGGUUGAAAAAAACAUUUACACAACGGGUAAGCGACAUAAGACCACCUAUGGGGGUGUUGGAAACACUUUAUCAAUUGUUGAAAGUGAUUUAAUGAAGGUGUUGAAAAAAUAUUGUUAUCUACGUAGUAUACUCAUCUGUUGUAAAGUUUUAACAGCUGAAAAAAAUAAAAUUAGAGUCUGCUUUGCCACGUGUCACAAAAUGGUUGGUUAGAACAUUUGGAGCGUGUGUACACGCGCAUGGAAUAUCACGAUUUCCUUUUUUUUAUUUUUUAAAUCUGGAUAAGAUUUAAAUAUUAUCUUCUGAUUGGCUGUGCAUAUUACUUUUGAUUUUUUUUCUCACCCAAUAAUUCAAACGUAAUUGUUAUAUAAUAAAACUUUUUUGAAAAAAAUAAAAAUUUUAUCAAAAUUCAAGAUUUUUUUUCUCUAUAAAUAAAGACCACUCUCAUCUCAUUUCGACAUAGAAAAAAAAUAUCAUUUUUAAUUAUAAUCAACUAUUUUGGUAUUUUAAACCUUUUUUUUGUUAAAUGGAUACCAAUAAUAAUCCUUUUAACACUCAAAACUCUUCUAAUUUUCUCUUUAAUUUCCAAAAUCUCAACAAUUAUCAAUUUCAUAACCAAACUUCCAACCAACCUCAAAAUUUGCCAAAUUAUGGUUUCUCACCAAAUUUCUUCAUGCCAUCAUCUGUCCCGAAUUAUCUUCCAAAUUGUAUUUUUAAAAAUAAAAUUAGGUAAAUAUCUAACUUAGAGAUGAAUAUAUGCUUAAUUUUAAUUAUUUUAUUAACAUUUAUUUUGUAUGAUUUAAAAGACAGCUAAAUAUAAUAAUUUAAAAUAAAUAUUAUUAAAGGUUAUGUUAUUUUAGUUUUAAAUUAAUUAUUAAUAUGUAAUUAUUAUAUUGUAAGAAAAAUAAAAUAAUCUGAAUAAAAAGUUGUGGGGUAGGGUGUUGAUAAUUUUAAAACAAAUCAUUGUAGAUGUUUAAAAUGAAGUGGGUGUUGAAUAAAUGAGGUGGAAGAAAGAGAAGAUGAUGUGGAAGGGGAAAAUAAGGGUGUUGAAAGUGAAGAGAGUGUUGAAACCAUUGUACAUAGCCUAAGCAAGCCAAACUCCAUUUUUUACAGAGAGAGAGAGAUCACACAAAGAGAAGAAGAAGAAGAGGAGACGAAGAGGAGAUGGCUGAGGCAAGAUUACUUGAUAUGUCGAGAGUUCCAUUCAUCCCAGGUCUCCCUUACUUUACUUGGUGCAAACACACAAUAAAGUUUUCUCCUAUCGAACACAAGGAGGAUACACGCGACCAACAACGAGUUCCAGAGAUACGGUCCGAAGGUUUUCAUGGAAAUCAAGAUUCUCGAAAACGACAACCUUUACGUCCGUGUCGACAUGCCCGGUGUUCCUGACGACGGGGUCCACCACAAAGUCGACUCCAUGAGACAAAAGGUUGUCUAUUUCUCCGGUGAAGAAACUCUCGGCAGCGACGGCGAUAAGGUUGACGACGACGUUCGUGAGUACUCCGGGACAGCCGGUUUAGGGUGUAACUGCUGCGAGAUAACCGGGGUGGAUGCGAAGAUGAAAGAUGGAGUCUUGAGGAUGAUUGUGUCUAGGGUCAAAGUCAAAGACCAUGACAACAAGUGUACUCUCUUUCUCCCUCCCAACACAGGUUCGAACCCCUCCUCUCUCUCUCAAAAGUAAAAAAGAUCACACCUUUUGGAGU